AUGAAAGCCCCCAUUUGGGGUAGAGUUUUGGCAGACGGUAAACCUAAAGUUCUCAGGCAUCCGAAAUGCAUGCCUAGACUUUUGGUUCCCGUGCCGAGCUCAGGCAUACCGAAACUAGGAUUCCGGGUCAUCCUAUUUUUCCGGGACACCCCAAACCUUAGUUUUGGCUUUCUCUAUUAUUGGUCACGAAAUGAGUAUUCCGGAUCAGAUUUUAGUGGCACUCAUAUCUAUGGUACCCAUUACGCCGAAACAUGUACCCAGAUGGAUACUUUCGGCAUCGAAUCAGGGCAGCUGGGAAUGUUCAGUUUGGAGUCGACUUGUCGGAACUUUUGGUAUUGGACCAAAUUUCAGUAUGGGUAUUAUAAUCAGGAUAUCCUAAAUUUCUGGAUUCCCCGUGUGACUAGAUACGGCUUGCUUCAAGGAUCGAUUUGGACUAACACAUCCCACGUGGCUCAAGUCCUGACAAGUCAGACUGACCCUUGGGGCAGGCAUCUAGCGUUUAGCAAUGGUAUUCUUCAUGCAAGUAUGGCUUUGAAAUAUGAACGUCAGCACAAGAGUACACUCCGACUGAGACAAAAGAGAAUCAGGGAUCUUGGUGGAAAAAUCGUCUCAUCAGAAAGCCCAGAGCGAUCUCAUACAACAGUGGUGGUGGGGAUGGUGUUACCGGCGCCAGGUCCCAAUAAGGAACGGCUGGGUCCACAGCCCUGA